ACUCUGUUAUGUUGUCGAACCGUAAAACUUAAACUUGCAUAAGAAAUGACAUUUUGACUGAAAUUACAUUAAAUUGUUAUUUUUCUUGGACAGUUGGUUCUAAAAUGGUUAAAAUUUGAGACUUUACAUUAAAACAUUACUUUAUAGCUGUUUUAGGUCUGACAGUUUUAAAAAAGAAAUCCCAAAUAAUAAUCGGAUUCCUCUGUCGUCAUACACGAUCUUUGAUCUGGAGAAAUGGCGUCGCAGGACGGACUGGCGGCUCUGGGGGUGGAGGGGGCCUCCGCUGCUGCACAUGCUCUGUCUCUGCCUGCAGAAGCGUAUGGAAACGACCCUCGGCUGGAGGUCAUGUGGGCGAUGAAGGCCUACAACCACGCAGAGGUCUACUUCAAUCUCAUCUCAUCCGUCGAUCCCAAGUUCCUGAAACUGACCAAGCUGGACGACAGAAUCUACUCCAGCUUCAGAGAAACCUUCAAGGAUCUGGACGUCAGGCAGCUCAAGGAGGAGGACCUGAAGUCUGACCAGGCCAAGGAGAGGUGGCGUCCGUUCUGCAACCAGUUCGAAGGCUUGGUGGAGGACUUCAACUACGGCACUCUGCUGCGCCUGGACUGCCAGAAGGGCUACAGCGAGGAGAACAGCAUCUUCUCCACCAGGGUGCAGUUCUUCGCCAUCGAGAUCGCCCGCAACAGAGAGGGCUGCAACGAGGCGGUCUACAGGUCCAAAGAACCCCGCAGCUGAUGGACCGGGUCGCUCCUGCAGGAGAGGACCUCACUCUGUUGGGGAGAAAUCUUCAUCUUCCACCUGAGGAGUCUUCGUCAUCCGGUUCUAUUGGACGUUUAAAAGCCGACGUUCCCACAUCCACGUUUCUACAGUGUUCCCGCCUCGGACAGGAAGUGACAUCAUGAACAAACUUUCUGCAAAACUCAACAUCCGUCACUUUAAAGCUGCUUGUUUUUUUUGUUAACACAGAAAAUAAAAACCAAAUGUGUCGUCUGUGAA